GCUCCCAGGAGGCAUCGCGCUCUUCCUCUUUCGCGCUGCGCUUCCGGGUCGCCCGUGUGGAGCGUUUGCCGGGUGGAGCGAGGGGAACCAUGGCGACCCCCAAGGAGGCUGAGAGUGGGGAGGGAGCCGCGGGGGGGAGGACCCCCAAGGCCAAGAAAGCGAGCAAAGGUGACGUCAUAUCCCCACCCCACGCGAAGGCGUUUCACGCGGGUUCCUCCCGCCACGUGUGGCAACUUUUCGAGGCUUGGGUCUGUUUUGGUCGCUUCGUCUUCUAUAGACCCCCGUGAAACCCGCCUUGGUCUUGGCACGCCUUGGCGGCUUUUGUUGUUGUUGUUAGUGCCUUGUUUCCUUUGGGGGAGAGGGAAGAAGGAUUAGGAAUGAGUAUUUAAAAAAUUGCCAACUUCUUGUUUGUGUUUUUCAAUAAUAAUAAUAUUUAUUUUUUAUACCCUGCCCAUCUGGCUGGCUUUCCCCAGCCACUCUGGGCAGCUUUCAACAAAAGAUUAAACAUUAAAACAUCAGUCAUUAAAAACUUCGCUAAACAAGGCUGCCUUCAGAUGUCUUCUAAACGUCAGGUAGUUGUUUAUUUCUUUGACAUCUGACGUCUCCUUCUUGGGAAACACAUAGAGAUUGCGCUAUUUUCUGGUGGUGUGAGCUUUCCUGGCAUGCAGAAAAGUGGUGCCUGGUGGGUAGAGGACUAAAUCGAGGCCGAGACGGGUAACACGAGUGUGAACUACGUAACUUGUAAUAGUAAUGUUUCGCGUGGGAAUGAUUUCCUAGAAGCCAAGUUGCAUAUGUUUCUUUAAGGUUGUGGUUUGGAAUAUUGCAGGGCAUUUUUGUACCCUGAUUUAUUUUUUUUACAGCUGUUGUACUGCACCUCAUGUGUUUUUCUCACUUCAGAGUUCAGAAAAAGUCUAGAGCGAUAGUUGUGGCACCUUCCUUGGUCUCUCCUGCAUUACACCCUUCCCACUUUUUCAUUUAGAGAAAACUAAUAUGUUUCUUUAUUGCUAGCAGUGGACGAUUCUGAACUUCUCACUGUUCCUGAUGGGUGGAAAGAGCCAGCAUUUGCAAGAGAAGAUAAUCCUAGAGGUCUCCUGGAAGAAAGCAGCUUUGCCACUCUGUUCCCAAAAUACAGAGAAGCUUAUCUGAAAGAAUGCUGGCCACUGGUGCAGAAAACUUUGACGGAACAUGUAAGAAUACUUUCUAUUCUUAAAUGGAGUGUGUUAACUUUCUACUUAAGAGUCUAGAUUGCUGAUGGCCCAGGUUGUGUUCUUAUUUCUGCUUCCAAGAAUGGAAAUGGGCACUGGUCUCAAGCUAAUUAAAAUAAUAAAUGACUGUUUUCACAGCAUUUUACAUUACUCUGUGAGCAUCUAGCUACUGUUUAGAAGUUGGAGCAGCCUGCAAGAUCCAUUGGAAAUAAAUCACAUGCAGCAGAUGUUUGAAGUAACAUGAGAUCUAUGUGAUGUUAAUGGACAUUUUUGCAGUUAGCAGGAAUAAUUAUUGGGGAAUCCUUAAUGCUGGUUGCACAUUUUGUUUGGAGGGUCCUUUGGCCAAUAUGUUCUCAAUGGGAUUUUUUAUCUGCAUGUGUCCACUUCCUCCUCAUUGUUGCAAGUUCAUUUGGCUGCCUCUCUGGGCCCAUUCUGACCUCUUUUCAGAGGGAGAGGAUAAGCCAUGUGCAGACUACUGUUCUUCUUUGCUCCUCUUUUUGUUCUUUCACUCAGAGAGAGUAGGUAAAUAAGCUGCAAAAGCAAGAAGGAACAGCAGUAACAAGACCAAGAAUCAUCUUCCUACUGGAGCAUGAAACCAGUCCUGAAAGUCCUGUUAAUUUAAAAAAUACAUUUUCUUUACAAUUCCUAUGUCAUGAAAAUUAUCGAAAUAACUUCUUUUUGUUCAUUUGGUAUUCAUAUAUAUUCUGACUGUAAAAUUUGUUUUUCAAUUUAAAACUCUGAGGCUGUUAAACAGUAAAGUUUCUAUAUAGCCUGUUACUUCCAUCUUUGUCUUACAGCACAUCAAUGCAGCUUUAGACUUAAUAGAAGGAAGCAUGACUGUCAGCACAACAAAGAAGACCUUUGACCCAUAUAUAAUCAUCAGAGCCAGAGACUUAAUAAAGCUUUUAGCAAGAAGUGUUCCAUUUGAGCAGGUUUGUUCAGUGAUAAAAUAAUUGUGGUCUGCCAUUGCUACAUUUCUAUUAAAUUGUCAAUUAAUAUUGUCAGGAAAAACCCCCCACAAAUCUGUGAAUUAAUAAUCUGAUAGAUAUCCUGGAUUUAUUAGAAUAGUCAUUCAGUGGAAGUGGCAGUCUAACUUGAAUAUAGAAUCAUUUUGCAGAAUAGUUUCUCGGAGUGAAGUGAUAUUAAAUAUCUUUCUGCCUAUAUUUGUGUCUGUUUAACUGUCUCUGCUGCUCCAUUUAGGCUGUACGUAUCCUUGAAGAUGACGUUGCAUGUGACAUCAUUAAAAUUGGGUCCUUGGUCAGAAACAGAGAAAGAUUUAUAAAAAGAAGACAAAGACUUAUUGGUCCCAAUGGAUCUACUCUCAAGGUUGGUCUUACUUACUUACUGAUCAAUCAUAUGUAUGUUUACUUAGAAAUAAGUCAAAGUCUGUGCAGUGGGUUUUACUUCCUGUGCGUGAAUUUAAGACUGAAGCCUUAGCGUUUGUUAAGAAAGCUGCUUACAUGAUUUGAGUCUUGAAAUAUUUCCCAUAUCUUUUUCUGACAUAGGCCCUGGAACUGCUAACAAACUGCUACAUCAUGGUUCAGGGAAAUACUGUUUCCGCUCUUGGACCUUUUAAUGGCUUAAAAGAGGUAAGAUCUCUUUUCCACAGGAAAUAAUGUUUUAGAAGUUCCAUGCAUUUAACCCCCCUCCCCAAAAAAAUCUGGUAAUUAUACCUUAUUUAAAUGUUCAGUUUUUGUCCAAGGAAUUCACUUUGUUAUUACACUGUUGGUCGCUGGCAUAGAACUUUUAUCAUGCAGCUAAGUUCUGUGGUCCUUUUGUACAGGGUGAGUCCUUUAAAAGAGGCCCUGUGGAUACAGAGUACACAUGUUCCAUGGGGCCUUUUUUAAAAGGCUCACCCUGUAUUAGACAAAAAGUGCUUUAAGCACCAAGUAUUUGCAUCCAUGCAAGCUGCAAAUAGUGGAAGUACACUAGGACAAGUGGAAAACAUGAUGACAAAGUUUUUGCUACACACAAAUUUCCUUACAUGGGUGCAGUAUUGCUUCAGGGUACAAGUACCAAAAAUCUUACUAUUGCUUAAACCAGGAUUCCUCAGCCUCGGCCCUCCAGAUGUUUUUGGCCUACAGUUCCCAUGAUCCCUAGCUACCAGGACCAGUGGUCACGGAUGAUGGGAACUGUAGUCUCAAAACAUCUGGAGGGCCGAGGUUGAGGAAGCCUGGCUUAAAUUGUCCAUAGCAUGCAAGCUUUUAUGUAAACUAAAGGAUCAGUUUGUCGGUCUGCUUCUUCUGAAACUUAGUGAAUGGUUCUGAAAAAAUCAAUUAAAUAUAAGAUUAAUUAAAUAAGCUUUGCUUAUUGAAAUAGGCUUGUUCUUAGUAUUAUCUUUUAAAAUACAGUGGUUUAUAAAUUUAGCCAUUAAAACUACUCCAUUUGCAUUCUUAAAAAAAAUCUAGGUUAGGAAAGUUGUUCUUGAUACAAUGAAGAAUAUUCAUCCCAUAUACAACAUCAAGGUGAGUGCAGUUUUCUUUAUUGUAUAAGAUGUUUUAUGUAAGUAUCACUCUUUCCUUACUGUAACAACUUUCAGUUGAGGUGCUGGUUACCUUUUAAACAUUCUCCUAUAACAAAAUUCUUUUGUCAUUGGUCAUGUUAAAAAACAUGAAAAGAACAUGGCAUAAUUAGGCUUGAUUACUUAGUUUAUAAAUUUGAUCAUUCUCACAUUUGAUACCUUAUGUUAUCUGCUAUAAUUAAAUUAUGUUGUUUUUAUCUACUAUAACCUCGCUUUCCCUGUGUCUCUGAAUGUAUUUUUUUAAAAGGAGCAGAGCAAAUAUUAUGUUCUAAUUUCUUGUUGUUUUAAUGUGAUUGAAGACUCUGAUGAUUAAAAGGGAAUUGUCAAAAGACCCCGAAUUACGAUUGCAGAACUGGGAACGGUUUUUGCCUAAAUUCAAACACAAGAAUUUAAACAAACGGAAAGAACCACAGAAGAAAAAUGUCAAGAAGGAAUAUACUCCCUUCCCACCUCCACAACCAGAGAGUCAGGUCUGUUAUAUCUCACUUGAAUUUUACUGCAGAACAUUGAUGAGUUUGAAUUAAAUUGAUUGCACGUCAAGGAAUCCAAAUAUACAUUUAAAAGGGAAUUUGCUUGCCUUUCUGUCCCAACAAAGGAAAUCUCAAGGCAGUGGCAAAGAAGAAUUAAUAUUCAGAAGAGUAGAUUGCUAUCUACAAUCUAUAUAAAAGUGUUGCAGUCCUAACACUUGACAGAGCUGUGCAGUGUUCACAGCAUCUAAAGCUCCACUGCUUGUGCCAGCCAGUGGCUUGAAAAAGUCUAUAUGUUUCCUGUGCCAGCUCUAGGUUGUCACAGCAAACCAGCCUAAAUGAAGCCCCUUGCUAUAGUUUGCUGGAAGCUGAAGCAGCUUAGGAACCAGGGCUGCUUCUUUCUGACAGAGGCAGACAUAACUCUUCUGCUUCACUCAAGACCACCUCUAGUUUGGUGGAUCAGGGGUUUGGAUUGCUCUGUAAAGCAGAUGACAAUUUCCUACCAGAACGAUAGCAAAUGUAUGCAGGCUGUUUUGAAUUUAUUUUGUUUCACUUUAGGUGUGAGUGAAAAUUAUGCUGGCUUUAGGGUGGGCAGUUGAGAAAGGAAAACGGGGCUUCUGCAUUCUUAAUAGUCUUGUAACGGGAAAUUUCAGCAGGGGUUGCUUACAUGUUAAGUAAACCCCCUGCUGAAAUUUCCAUGGUCACUGUUGAUGGGUUUAGUGAGUUCUAGUGUUUAAUAAAUGUUUCCUCAUAUGUACAAAUGACUGCACAAUUGCAUAUUUAUUUGGUGUUGGUGAUUAAAUAUUAUUAUUAUUUAUAAAGACAUUUUAGUUUUUAUUAAACAGUUUAAGUAAAACAGUUUAAGCUACCAUUCAGUUUUAAAACUCACACGACCAUUCAUAUAAAAUUAUUUGCAAUACAAAAGAAAUUUGCUGAUUGCUUGACUCUGCAUGCUUCACUCAGAAAUAAGUCCCAUUGAGUUAAGUGGAUUUUAUUUAUAGUGCUGUACAGUAUAUGGGUAUUAGAACUGCAGUCUAAGUUAUGGUAGUACUUAAUCCAUUUAUGAUCCUUUGUGUAUUGUGUGCUCAUACAUAAAACCUUGGUUAAACACUGCCAAUUUUGUAGAAUUUGCUGGAGCUUCAUUUCAAUAUGUACUUUUGGGAGAAAGGAAAGAAUACAGAUUUAAUGAAUUUUUUAAAAAAAUGCUUUCUGAUUAUUAUUUUAUAGUUUUUUUAAAAAAUAUUCAGUAUGGAACAUGCUAAUCAUAAUUUUUAUUUUUAUAGAUUGAUAAGGAAUUGGCAAGUGGUGAAUAUUUCUUGAAAGAAAGUCAAAAGAAGCGUAAGAGGGUAGAGGAGAUAAAGGUAUGGCCACUCUGGUGUCUUUUGAAGUUGUUUUAAAAUAUGCAUGUUAAUUGUAUGUGCUCUGUCUGAAAUGUAUGACCUUUUCAAACUUAGGCAAAACAAGCAGAAGCAAUCAGUCGGAGGCAAGAAGAGAGAAACAAAGCUUUUAUUCCACCCAAGGAAAAAACAGUUGUAAAACCAAAGAAAGGUAAGAUGAGUUCAAAUUAUUAUUUGUUGUAAAAAACAACACCUUUUAUAAUUGAGUUCUCUUUUCAGUAUUGACACGAUGAAGGGAAAUUAUUUUGGCCUUUCUGUGUAAUAAAUUAACAUUGGUCUUCUAUGUUGACAUAGUAACAAGUCUUCUGAGGAAGAGAAAAGUGAAGAAUUAUGUUUCUGGUUAGUGAUGUAUCACACCAAAGACUCAUCUCGUCUAGCAUCCUGUUCUCACAGAGGCCUGCUGCAAGGCCAUGAGCCCACCCUGAGUGCUGCAUCCAUGCUGCCUGUCCCACUUGUGAUUCCCAGCAGCUUGUGUAUGGAAGCAUACAGUUUUGCUACCGCCAGGGGAGGGAAAACAUAGCCAGUAUGGCUAGUAGUUAUUGAUGGCUUUAACAUUAAUGAAGGAUAACACCAAGUAACAAGUAGUUCUGGGGAGUUGCUUCAAACUACUUGGAUCAUUUUGGUUGCUUAUUUUUGAACCUUUUCCAGCGCUACAGUAUAAUUUUGAGGUGAGAGGACCAGAACUGUUCACAGUAUUUCAGAUGCAGUUGCACUAUAUAUUUAUUUAAUGGCAUUGUAUUGGCAGUUGUAUUUUUUUAAUCCCUUUCUUAAUGACUGCUAAUGUAAAUUGCUUUUCACAGCUGCAACACACAGGGUCAACACUGUAGUCAAAGUUAGUCCUGUGGUUAAGGAAGAGAGCCUUUAACCACCAUCACAGGUUCCGAUGAAACACUAAACCCAAAUCUUUGCUUAGCUGCCAUCCUGUGCUGCCCUAAAAGAGCCUGAGGAGGAGCAAAGUUGGUGCAAUCUCUUCUCUGGGAGGCAGUACAUUCACAUGGUCAUGGUAAUUCACUCUAGCCGAUCACGACAUGUGAAUCAGGACAGUUGUUUGCUAAGCACAACUUGAUGUCAUGUUACUUGGUUCAAUGGAUGUGUGUAAAAGUUUUGAAUAUACAUUGGGUCCAAUUUGUUUACCUACAAAUACAUAACCCAUAUUUUAUCUCUUUUUUAUGUAGCUUCGGCUGAAACAAAAAUUGAUAUCCAAGCUAUUAAAGAAAAGGUUAAAAAGGCAAAGAAGAAGAAGUUGGGAGCACUUCCAGAGGAAGAAGUAAAGUUAAAAAUUGCAGCAGAUGCAAAGAAAAAGAAAUGAUCUUUCCUUAAGGUUGUAGUGCUCCAUUUUUUUCCCUGGAGGAAGUUUUCAUAAACUGCAGAUUUAUAACUGACUAGAUGCAUUGUCGUAGUGCACAUCAAACUACUUGCAAAUUUUGCUUUGUCUGUGGCCUGGAAAACCCCCUCAGUGAUUUCAAGGUUUGCAGAAAGUAAAAUUGGCAGCUUGUUCUUUGCAUUGAAAGUUUUUGGUAUGAAGGUUUUUAGCAUACACAAUAUUACCAGAUAUUAUUUUGUACAGUAUAUUGUGGUGUCAUUUGCCAGAAUGAAUGGAAACACACACCACAGCCUUAUACUUGUUGCACACCUUCCAAUCCCUGACCUCUGUGGGGAAAGUCUGCCAGGGGGCUUCUACUUGGUUUUGUUGAAUCUGUGCAGUCACAAGUCCUGUUUUAUCAGGUCUCCCUUAUGGUAUAGAGUAUUCAUAUCUCUUGCAGGCCUUCCCUCUGUAACAGAGGAAUUUGGGGUGGGGAUGCAGUAGUUGUGAGGAUAGCAAAGCAAGACUUGUUUGCAUGCCCACUCUAUCCAGCUACCUGCACACCUGUACUUGGCAUUUAUUUGUGGUAUUGUGAUGUGUGACUUAUGGAAAGAAGGCAGAGUCUGAGAAAAUGUUAAAUCUUAUUUUCCCCAAGUACUGUUUACAUUUUAGACCCUACCAACAAUUUACAUUAUCACUGCUCAUUUUUAAAAUAAUACAACUUUUUAUUAAUAUUGUGGUCAAGAUGUCAUAAAUUAUGCCUCCCUGUUAUGCUUUAUUGAUGUACAUGAACACAUAACAAAUGCAUUAAAAUCAGGUAAGUAAAGAAAUAACCCACCCCAGAAACAGACAUCACUUUUGAACCAUGAACUAAAAGGGUGCAUUGUUUUCUGCUAUCAAUUUUUAAACAAAACAGGCAGGGAUAGCCAGUGUGGUGUCCUGCAGAUGUCUGACUACAGUUCAUGGGAUUUGUUGACUAGCCUGCUCUAAAGCAGACUUUGGACUUGACAUUUAAUUGUUAAUGCCAUCUACCAGCUGACUAUGCUUAAUCCACCAGCUCUUUAUCUCCAUUGCUAGUUUAUUCAUAAAAAAAUAUUGUGGGAUAACGUUGCUUCACAAAGAAGACCGCUGCUAAAGUCCCUAAAGCAAAAGAUGGUCUCAGUAUUAGAAUGGUGAUACAGUACUGGUCACAAAUUGACUCCUUCUGGCUACGAAUUGAUUCAUCCUGGUCAGAAAUUGACUCCUCCUGGACUUUACCUAUAAAUAAAAGUAAAAAGACAUUAAGAGUAGUUCAAGUUUGAAACUUCCUCGAUUAUUAGGCUUGUAAAUUAUGAAUCAUUCUAAAGCUGACAAAACUUCUUGGGGUCUAUGUAAAAAGCCAAAGUUCUAGGACCCUAGGCAGCCUGCUGUUUAUGAAAUAAAUCUGUGACCCCCUCCCCCCUGGUUCUUCCAUGUGUAGAGCAAAUGCAUCUUCCGUGCCUCUACAAAAUCAAAAGUUCCUGGAGUGUGCUGAAAAUAUUAGUCAACUAAUUAGUUUUCUGCAUGUAUCUAAUUCUACAGCAUGCAUCAGCUUUGCAAGGGAGUCUGCAUUCACAGCUGUCUAGGUAUCUGAAACAACAUUUAAUCUGGUGUAGCCUAAAUUCUAUCAAGAUCUUAUAGACUGGGGGUUAUACAUAUGUUGUCUCUGAAAAACAAAUCACAUUCUAGAAACCACAUUUCUCACUACAGGGUGCAUUGUGGAAUGUAUCUGGCUGGAUAUUGGCUGCUGCUGGAAAACUAGCAAAGAGGUUCCAGCUCUCACUAUGUUCUGACCUAAAAUAAUGGGGAACUUUUUACCCAUGUGAAUAUUCUGCAUGGAGAAACUUCAGUAUGAACAAAGCUGUACACUAACAGCCCAGUUCCAGCACUACUUUGCAAAGCUGCUACAAGUACAGCAAUUAUUGGUGGCAGGCGGCAACACACAACCAACUACAUAAUUGCAAUUAAAAACCAUUGUACAGGCACAAAAAUGGACAUAAGAGCACUCCCCAGGAUUAUACUUCCUUCCAAGCAAAUAGAUACUUCACCAUAAAUUUGCUUUGUGGUCCAUUGUGAAGGGGUGGAGUUCCACAACAGACACACCACCACUGAAAAAAAGCCUGAAAAUGUGUGCUGAUUGUCUGCUCCACACUGAACUUUUAUAAAGUAUCACCUCCACAUGAUCCAAUAGACAGUAAUGAGCUUAAGUCAUCUGUUAUCAUAUGAGCUUCUCCUACAAACUUUACAUUUCCAGCUUCAGGACCUUGAAUAUUUACAGCCAUCUCUGGCUAUAAUGGUGUGACAUAGGAUGUCCCUAUUUUUCCAAGAGGUGGUGGGACUUAACAUUAGAACUAGGAGAGGAAUCUACUAUGGCAAGUUCUAAAUAUAAUACCUUGUAACAAAUGUUCAAUCGAUCGUCACACUUUGUUUUCGCCAUGCAAGUCCAAUUCAUUUUCACUUACCACAUAGUUUGUCUACACACGGUUCUUCGUCACACUCGCUGCAGGGUGUUCCUCUUUUGUAUGGCCAUGUUGGAAAAUUGCCACUGUAAAAGAACAGCUUUGUCAGAUCACUUUGUGGAAAGAGGGGGGGUACAGAAUGUGAUUUAAAGAUUCUUAUUCCAGUUACAUUCAAACUGCUUGCUGUCUGUAUAAAUUCUUAAUAGAGAGUAGGAAUAAUUAGACAGUUUCUCAGCCAGACAUAAGAAGGGACAUUUCAGAGCAUUAAACUGGUGAUGCAGCCACCUUUUCGAAAUCAAGACUGAACCUACUACACUCAUCAAGUAUCAAUUCCCAGCUAUGUGCCUGAGUUUAAUGAUAGGUUAAACCACAGUUUGGAUUCUUGCUGUUUUCUAUUCGACAACUGCUGAAAGUGGCACACGAGCUUUCAACUCCACCCAAGGUACUGAUGUAUCAUGAUCCCUUUCUUCUACACACUCAUUUAACUCAUACAUUUUAAAAAUUAACAUAAACUGAGAGGUGAUGCAUUUGUCAUGGAAUAGCUGAAAGGAAUUGUUUUAUAUUGAAAGUGCUGAUACUGGUCUAGCCAUCCCAAUGAUUAACUGGGAAUUCAAAUCCUCUUCUCCAAUUUAAGAUAGGAACCAUACAUUUGGAGAUUUAAUUUGAGACUAGGUAGGGACAUCAAUGUACGAGGCUAGGGAAACAAAAAGAGAAAGGGCAAGAUUUUAACAUUUAAUGAUUUUCUGUUGAGUUCUAUUUCCCCCUUUUGUUUAUGUAUUUACAUUUGCUGAAACCUGGAGACUGGGAAUUAGCAAACUAAACAAAUAUUAAUGUUCUUAAUGUACAAUGGAAUAUGUUUGUUUCCAUGUCAACUUGUUUUAAUUAAGAUGUUUUGGGGAAAUAUUUGUCUCUAAUGAACUCUCAAACCAAAGCACAUGCUAUCAGAAUCUUACCUACAUUGCCUGAACAUAAUGUUCCUAGGCAUCUAAACAAUACCAUGUGUUGUUUUUAUACCAAUACUGUACACUAGAAUCUGUUUACUGCAAACCUCCCAUGUUUAAUGAAUGCAUACCAUUUCUUAUUAAGGUAGGAAUGGGGAAGCUGUGGCCCUCCAGGUGUUCUUUCUACUCCCAGCAGCCCCAGCCAGUAUAGCCACUGAUGGAAGCUGUAGUCCAACAAUAUCAGGAAGAGCAUGGGUUUCCCCCAUUACUGGUUUAAGGAAUGCCAGAGAGUGAUAAUCUGCAAUAUUACACAAAAGCUCUGGUAUUUAUAGCACACUGAGCCAGGCCACUGCUUACAAUGGUAAAUAGUUUGUGAGAGUCUUGAACUCCAGUCUUCAGGAACGGUUUGCCUCCUUUCCUCACCAUAUUCAUAAGGAGUAUGGUAGGCACAAGGCACAAGGAGAAGGGGACGACAGAGGACAAGAUGGUUGGACAGUGUUCUCAAAGCUACCAACUUGAGUUUGACCAAACUGCGGGAGGCAGUGGAAGACAGGAGAGCUCUGGUCCAUGGGGUCACAAAGAGUUGGACACGACUAAACAACAAAUGGUAGAGACAGGCCGCCUCCAUCAUCCUGUCUAGGACCAACUUCCACUGACCCUUCCUCUCCUGGAACUUUCUGUCCCCAGCUAUUCCACCUACCUGUAUUAGCAUUGAAAAAUAUAUCCCCCACCCAGGGAUCAGUAACUAUUUUAUGAUGGACCAAUGAUCAGGCUUAGAAUGGUUCAUAUGUGCAGCAUCGGUUCUUAAGAUAACCUGAUCUUGAACAAUUCAGAGCUCUAUGGGGUUAACAUAUUCACUUUAAGCCUGGAUAGAAACUGGUAACUCAUGUGAUUUGUGUGUUACAUGCUGCCUUGCUCCUCCAACAUCCUGGUAAUGGUGUCUUCAAUUAACAUUGUAUUUAAAAGCAGUCCUGUGUAAAGAGCUUUACAGUAAACUACUCUUCUUGGCAGUGGCACCCUCCCUGUGGGAUGCCCUCCCAACUUUUAGAAGACAUCUGAAGGCAGCCCUGUAUCAGGAUUUUUUUAAAUGUUUGACCUUUAAUUACGAUUUUAUAUAUGCUGGAAGCCACCCAGAGUGACUGAGGAAACCCAUCCAGACGGGCUGGGUAUAAAUAAUAAAAUUAUUAUUAUUAUGGAU